AAUCUUCAACUUGUCGGUUUUUCAAACCAUUCAUCACACAGUGGGAGCAUUGUUGGUACACAUGGCUACGCUCCUCUGGUAUCAUCAGUGGGAGCAUUGUUGGUACACAUGGCCAUGCUCCUCUGGUAUCAACAGUGGGCGCAUUGCUGGUACACAUGGCCACGCUCAUCUGGUGUCACCAGUGGGAGUAUUGUUGGUACACAUGGCCAUGUUUCUCUGGUAUCAACAGUGGGAGCAUUGUAGGUACACAUGACCAUGCUCCACUGGUAUCAACAGUGGGAGCAUUGUUGGUACACUUGGCACGCACCUCUGGUAUCAACAGUGGGAGCAUUGUUGGUACACGUGGCCACACUCCACUGGUAUCAACAGUGGGAGCAUUGUUGGUACACAUGGCCAUGCUCCUCUGGCAUCAACAGUGGGAGCAUUGCUGGUACACAUGGCCACGCUCCUCUGGUGUCACCAGUGAGAACAUUGCUGGUACACAUGGCUACACUUCUCUGGUAUCAACAGUGGGAGCAUUGUUGGUACACAUGGCCACACUCCUCUGGUAUCAACAGUGGGAGCAUUGUUGGCACACAUCGCUACGCUCCUCUGGUAUCAACAGUGAGAGCAUUGUUGGUACACAUGGCUAUGGUCCUCUGGUAUCAACAGCGGGAGCAUUGCUUGUACAUGUGACCAUGCUCCUCUGGUAUCAACAGUGGGAGCAUUGUUGGUACAAAUGGCUACGCUUCUCUGGUGUCAACAGUGGGAGCAUUGUUGGCACACAUGGCUACGCUUCUCUGGUGUAACAAUGGGAGCAUUGUUGGUACACAUGGCCAUGCUCCUCUUGUGUCAACAGUGGGAGCAUUGUUGGUACACAUGGCCACGCUCCUCUGGUGUCAACAGUGGGAGCAUUGUUGGUACACAUGGCCAUGCUCCUCUGGUGUCAACAGUGGGAGCAUUGUUGGUACACAUGGCCACGCUCCUCUGGUGUCAACAGUGGGAGCAUUGUUGGUACACAUGGCCACACUCCUCUGGUGUCAACAGUGGGAGGAUUGUUGGUACACAUGGCCACGCUCCUCUGGUGUCAACAGUUGGAGCGUUGUUGGUACACACGGUUACGCUCCUCUGGUAUCAACAGUGGUAGCAUUGUUCAGGCUGACACUACUGAAGUCUCCCAGUUCAGGCAGUUGAAGGCAUCCUCUCGUUCCUUGGAUUGAACCUGAUUAUCUCUCAUUUCCCAGGAGCUGUAUGUACCUUACGGGUUUAGCGCUCCCCCAUGAGUAUAUUAACACCAAGAUUAACAAAAAGAGAAUUUGAAGGCAGUCACUCAGUGUAGGAUUAAGUCAGAGAUUCUUAGUGAUUACGUAUCUUCCAGACAUCAAGAGAGUUCCGUUUUAUUUUAAUUUAUCCAGUCAAUGAUGUUCAUCACUAUGAGGUUCAACAGACCAAGGUGUAAGGUGUAAACACCACAUGUACAACAUACUUCCUCGUCAUCGUUGUUGGUCAUUGUUCAUUGUCGUCACCCAGCUUGUCGGGCACUGGCAGGUCACGUCAAAGAGCCAGUGGAAAUACCUAGUACCAGAUACCAGGGGACAGGUAGUCCCUCCCUCCAAGGAUAACUAGAGAAGUGUUGUAUCAAGAGGCGACAACUGUACCAUGACAAUUAAUGACGUGUUGGGUGAAGCUUCAUUAUUGGUAACUCGUGAUGUGUCAUGUGAAGUUGUGAGAGCGGUGACACAGUGACAAAUAGUGAUCUCUUGCAUGGAAUGGCAACAUGGUGACCAGUGAUGUGUGAACUGAGAGUGAAAAGUAGACAGCAGUGCUUUGUGUGGAAUUGGGACACUGAUAACUGCUGAUGUGUCAUGUGAAUACCAUGACACUUACCGAUGUGGCAUGUGUAAUUGUGGCAUCAGUACCUCACCUAUAUGUCGUUGAAGGGGUCGAAUCACAGUUCCUGAGUGAUGUGGUAUGUGGAACUACAGCAGUGAUAACCAGUGAUAUUAUCUAGGACCACUGGAAGAUUUUGGAAAGUAAAGGCAAGUUUGAUAUUGGCUAUAAUUGUUUCUAUCUGUUGGGUCACCACCUUUGUGUAUUGGUAUAAUCCUUGUUAGCUUGAGUGUUGCCAGGAAAGUGUUAGUAUCUAGAGAUUUGUUGAAGAGUAAUGCAGUGGUAGGUGAAAGGAUUUGAGCCGCUCGUUUAUACAGUAGUGGUGGCACUUGGGUUACAUUCCUUGAUUUGUUUUUUAGAGAGUUAAUAAUCAUGAUAACCUCAGUGGGCUGUGUUGGUGUAAGCUUGAGGGAUGUUGGGAAGUUAUGGCAUUUUAUUGAGCAGAUCUUCAAUCUUUGUCAGUUAGUUUAUUAAAUCCAUCUCAUGUAGUAACUGGGUUGAUUGAUGCCAUCCAGAUUAGAUCUUUACAAUGACUCUCCAGUAAUAGUGUCAUAUAAAUAUUUUAUAAAUUUUGUUUCCAGAAACUGUGCAUCUCCCACCAAGGUAGUGACCCAAACAAAGAAGAAAUGCUUUUGCCAUCACAGUCUUGCCAGAGUUGCACUGAUACUACACCUCAAAACUGCUAAUGUCUCCACCCGUCCUUUAGGGUGCAGAAUGGAUUAAGUGUGGAAGCAGAUCCAAUGUCCAUGCCGGUUAAGUUGGUAUGACCCGAGGACCUGACCCGACUGAGCCUGACCGAUGAGGAGAUCCCCAAGCACCAGCACUUCCCACCAAGGUCAAGCUCCCAGAUUCUAUUAU